GGCAAGGAAAGAUCUACAUUCAAACAGUAAAACACCAGCAGAAGCAUCAGAUACACAAGAAUAUGACUCGAACUUAAAUACACCCGAUGAGAUCAAAACUCCAAUAGCACAAGCACAUGUGCACAAGUUGUGGCAAAGAAAGGAUACGCAGCAAGGCACACUAGUUGAGAUAAGUUCUUGCUCAAGCAAACCAGCCAAACAAGAAAGUUCCAUCUAUUACUAUCAAAAUCCUAGAAAAGUCUAGAGCAAGAGAAGCGACACAAACUCAGUAUGAACUUAGAGCAAGAUCAGAAAAACAAUUAGCAACCAACAUCGAAGAAGAAGCAUUGACAACCCGAUCAUAAUUGGUAAAAAAAGGACAAGAAAAGUGGUUGAAAAAGAGAGCACACAACGAGUAAGCUUGAAUAGGUCCAACUUGUAGGGUAUGAUUAGAUUGAUCAAAGAUACCGAACUCAGGCCCAAACACAUAGCUUGCCUAAAAAAAACAUCAUUUUGGUUAUUGAUUGAAGCAAUUGUGAACAAGAAGUUGGUAAGUGAUCAUUGCAGAAAGUUUGAUGAAGUGGUUGUGAAAGUUAUAAAGUCCUAUGAUGAAUGGACAAAAAGUUUUAGAUUGGGUGACAAGAAAGUAAAGCUCAAGGAUAAUCAUGUGAAGUUGAUUUUUGGAAUUUUCUGUGGAAAUGAAGAGAUAGCAGAAACAAACAUCAGCAAAGAAGACACUAUAUUAGCUAAUAGGUUUGGCAUUAAAGAGCCAAGGUUAACAACUACAACAAUGAAGGAAAUGAUCAAACAACUGAAAAGUAGCAACAAACCAAAAGAUAUUAGCGAUGUUGUCAGAUUGCUUUGCCUUUUCCUUUGUGUCACAUUGCUUUUCUCGACAAGUGGAGCAACGGUGAAUUGGUCAUUUGUUUAUUACAUGGAAGACCUAGUAAAGGUAAAACAAUACAACUGGGCGGGAGCUAUUACAGAUUAUUUGAUGAAGUCCAUUCACAAAAAUCUUAAGGAGCUCAACGAAUUGCAUGGAUGUUCUCUGCUUUUAAUGUUUUGGCUUUGUGAGCACACUAAACUCCACAACAAAAGAAUGCAGGUGCAGUUCAAAGAUUACUGA